AUGUCUCUCAGUGAAAGAAAUCGUGGAGGAGAGGAGAAUGAUCGUAUGAAGCAAUACAAAAAUGCAGGAAAACAUGACGAUCUACGUAGAAGGCGAGCGGAAUGUUCUGUUGAAUUAAGAAAGCAGAAACGUGAAAAUGAUCUUAUGAAACGUCGUAUGGUUGGGGAUGUUAACAAUCAAUUGGAUGAGAUUGAAACUAAGAGUAGUGUUGAUACAUUGUCCACUGUUAAGAAAGAGAGUUUCUCAAAAAUUACUCCGGAAGAAGCCGUUAGAAUUUUGUCCAAUAAUCCAACACUUGAACAAAUGAGAGAAACUUUUGAGGCUAUCAGACGUUUAUUAUCUAGAUCUAAAAAUCCACCUGUUGAUGAAGUAAUAAAUGCAGGUUUACUUGGAGCUCUAGUUGAAGGCCUUAAAGUUCCAGAUCAUAAGAUUCAAUUUGAGUGUGCUUGGUCUCUUACUAACGUUGUUUCUGGAACAUCUGAACAAACGAUUUCUGGAGUAAAAGCAGGAUGCUGUCCACUUCUCUUAGGUUUAUGUAAAGGAUCUGAUCUCACUUUGGCUGAUCAAUGUCUUUGGGCAAUAGCAAAUAUUGUUGGAGAUUCACAUGAAUUAAGAGAUUAUACAAUUGGACUUGGUAUUAUUGAUGUUCUUGAGUAUAUGAAUUCUCAUAUUGGUGAUUAUAAAGUUGAUACCGUGAGAACUAUGGCAUGGACUUUGUCCAAUCUUUGCCGUCAUAAGCAACCUCAUCCACCAUUAGAAGUAAUGAGGAAAAUAUUUCCCUUAGUGCUAUCAAUGAUGCAAUUUAGCGAUAAAGCUGUUAUUCAAGAUGCCUGUUGGGCAUUAUCAUACAUGACUGAUGGAUCUGAUGAGCAAAUAAUGAUUGCUGCCACACCAGAGUGUGUAAAGAUCUUAGUUGAUAUGAUAAGUUCUGGUUAUGAAACAUGCGUUGCUCCGGCUCUUCGUGUUUUUGGAAAUUUUGCAACUGGAAAUGAUUAUUUAACACAGCUUGUUGUUGAUUCCGGUAUUUUAAGAAAGGUUUUAGCUGAUCUUAUUAACAAAGAAAAGCCAGUAAUUGUAAAAGAGUGUGCCUGGUUGUUGUCAAAUGUUCUUGCUGGUAAUCAGGAACAAAUCCAAGCGGUUAUUAACUCUGGUUUGUUGCUACCAAUUCUAAGUAUUUUUAAAAAAGGAGACUUUAAAUCAAUAUACGAAGCUUCAUGGGCAGUUUCUAACUUAAUUCAAGGAGGAACCUACAAACAAAUAUUUGAACUUUGGAAAGUUGGUGGUUUGGAAAUCCUGUGUCUUCCCCUUAGAGGCUCGACAAACAAUGACGUUCUGGUCAACCUCUUAGAAACUAUUUAUGGACUUUUAAAUAUCGCUCGUGAAAACUACCCAGAGUACCUUUCUGAUAUGAAGGAUCAGAUUGAAGAAUGCGGUGGACUUGAUGCUAUAGAAAACUUACAACAAAAUGACUCCGAAAAAGUUUACCAACAGGCUUAUAAAAUUGUAAGUGAUUUCUUUAACGACGACGAAGAAGACGACGAUUUGAUUGAUGAAAAUGAUCAACAAAGGAGUAGUUUUAAUUUUUAA